AUGAUUCCGGCUUCUGAUAAAGGGAGGUUUUUUGCAUUUGGUCGUGUUUUUGCCGGGAAAGUUUCAACCGGUUUGAAGGUGAGAAUCAUGGGUCCGAAUUAUGUCCCGGGUGAGAAGAAAGAUCUGUAUGUGAAAAGUGUUCAAAGAACUGUUAUCUGGAUGGGUAAGAAACAAGAAACAGUUGAAGAUGUCCCGUGUGGAAACACGGUUGCACUUGUUGGUUUGGAUCAAUUCAUCACGAAAAAUGCAACUUUAACAAACGAAAAAGAAGUCGAUGCGCAUCCGAUUCGAGCCAUGAAGUUUUCGGUUUCGCCAGUGGUUCGAGUCGCGGUUCAGUGCAAAGUGGCAUCUGAUUUACCAAAACUGGUUGAAGGACUGAAACGGUUAGCCAAGUCAGACCCCAUGGUUGUUUGCACCAUUGAAGAAUCAGGUGAACAUAUCAUUGCGGGUGCAGGGGAGCUUCAUUUGGAAAUUUGUUUGAAAGAUUUACAAGAUGACUUCAUGGGUGGAGCUGAAAUUGUUGUUUCAGACCCUGUUGUGUCUUUCCGUGAAACCGUUUUGGAAAAAUCUUCAAGGACUGUAAUGAGCAAGUCACCAAACAAGCACAAUCGGUUAUACAUGGAAGCGAGACCGAUGGAAGACGGGCUUGCUGAAGCAAUCGACGAGGGGCGAGUCGGUCCACGAGACGACCCGAAAGUUCGCGGGAAGAUUUUGUCUGAAGAAUUCGGAUGGGACAAGGAUUUGGCGAAAAAAAUCUGGUGUUUUGGACCUGAAACAACGGGUCCCAAUAUGGUUGUUGAUAUGUGUAAAGGAGUUCAGUAUUUGAAUGAAAUCAAGGAUUCGGUUGUUGCAGGGUUUCAAUGGGCUUCAAAAGAAGGGGCGUUAGCAGAAGAGAACAUGAGAGGGAUUUGUUUUGAAGUGUGUGAUGUGGUCCUCCAUGCGGAUGCCAUUCAUCGUGGUGGCGGGCAGGUGAUUCCGACUGCCCGGCGUGUGAUUUAUGCGUCGCAGCUGACCGCAAAGCCGCGGUUGCUUGAGCCGGUUUACUUGGUGGAGAUUCAGGCACCUGAGCAGGCACUUGGUGGGAUUUACAGUGUGUUGAAUCAGAGACGUGGGCAUGUGUUUGAGGAGAUGCAGAGGCCUGGGACACCUUUGUAUAAUAUCAAAGCGUAUCUGCCUGUUGUUGAGAGUUUUGGGUUUUCGGGUGCUUUAAGGGCGUCUACUUCAGGGCAAGCGUUUCCUCAGUGUGUGUUUGAUCAUUGGGAUAUGAUGGGGUCGGAUCCAUUGGAAGUGGGGUCACAGGCGAAUACACUUGUGCUUCAGAUUCGUAAGAGGAAAGGUCUCAAGGAGCAGAUGACACCGUUGUCUGAUUUUGAGGACAAGCUUUGA